UGUUCGUGCACCCACGACAAAAGCCAAUCCGCAACAUCUACAUCGGAGCAAACAUCGCGCGCCUUCACUUCACGAGUCUGUUGACCCGACAACGAAUCUUUCGAUACCGAACCCUCACCCGCCGAGCCACACUUGCCGCGAGGCCCCGCUCACACAAUGGCAGCACGAAAGCUCCAGCAGGAGAUUGAUAAGUGCUUUAAGAAGGUGGACGAAGGCGUCGCCGUCUUCGAAAACAUACAUGAUAAGAUUCAGCAAACGAGCAAUCCAUCUCAGAAGGAGAAGCUCGAGGAUUCACUCAAGAAGGAGAUUAAGAAGCUGCAGCGGUCGCGAGACCAGAUCAAGACAUGGGCGACCAUGAGCGAGAUCAAGGACAAGAAGCCGCUGCUGGACAAGCGGAAACUGAUUGAAACACAAAUGGAGCGUUUCAAGGCCGUUGAGAAGGAAAUGAAGACCAAGGCAUAUUCGAAAGAAGGCCUUCAAUUGGCCUCAAAGAUGGAUCCCCGGGAGAAGGAGAAAGUGGACAUGGUUGACUUCCUGUCAAAUAUGAACGAAGAGCUGGAGCGCCAGGUGGAAACGAUCGAGGCCGAGGUGGAGACAUUACAGGUCGGCGUGAAGAAGAGCAAGAAGGGGGACAACUCUAGGGCCGAGCGGAUAUCAGAACUGGAAGAUACAGUGGAGCGGCACAAAUGGCAUCAAAAUAAACUGGAACUUCUGCAAAGAGCCCUGGAAAACGGCAAUGUGGAGGUGGAUCAGGUGAAGGAGGUACAAGACAGCAUCGAGUACUACGUCAACAGCAACCAAGAUCCAGAGUUUAUGGAGGAUGAUACCGUGUAUGACGACUUUGCCUUACAGGAGGAGGAAGCCAUCUUCGGACUGGGAGCCGAGGCAGAUCGAGUCUCCUCGCAAGACACUCAGUCGAUACAGGACGAUCUGACGGAACCGGACGGCAGAAGCAGUAGUAUGGGAGCAGUGAAGGCGAAGACGGCAGAAACAACAUCAUCGGGCGCACGACGACCAUCCACGCAGAUGAAGUCACCUCUACCAGCACUUGCGACACUGCAUACACCGUUACCGGGAGCUGCAAAUGCGUCUGGUAACAGCAUGAAACCCGCGCCGCUACCGACUCGAACCCCAGGAGAGCCGCUCAAAUAUGCCUCGGCGGCGGCGGCCGCUGCUGCGAGCGACAGGAAUGGGGUGGGCAUUGCACCUCUGCCACCACCACCAGGAGCGACCUUGGCACAGACAACAUUGGGCCUGUCAGGUGCACGGACGAGCGCGACGAAUUCCCCUGCUAUUACACAUUCACAGCCAGCUCUGCGAACACAAGUCACGGGUAUUGACAAUCUGUCACAGUCUCACCUUGGGAAAUCGCCCGUCCCGUCUGUAAGCAUUCCGGCAACCCCACCAACGGUUGCGAAGGAACCACCUACUUCCGCCGAUGAUGCGGCCCAGGCCACUCGGAAAUCACAAACGCUGGACCGAGCGGAGGAGGAGGAAUCGACAUCAGCUACGCCGCCUCUGACUAAUGGAGAGUCUCAUGCGGAUGAUGAGGAUGAAGAUUCAGUGUAUCACCUCCCUUCAAGCUUACAGGACCUGCUUGAUUCGUUCGAAGCAACGAAGAACGACAUCACUGCUUCGUCGACGAAACCUCCGGAUGAGCGAAUCCUGGCCGCGUCGAUGACCACCGCUCCAGACACAACUGACACCGAGGCACCUCGCCAUUAUAGGCCAGAACAUCCGUACCCAUACACACCACCGCACUACCCUCAGGAGCCUCUUGCGAUCUUCGACGAUCCGCGACUGUAUCAGCGCAUUGAGACUGAUGCUCUGUUCUAUGCAUUCUACUACCGACAGGGCACCUACCAGCAAUAUCUGGCAGCGAAGGCGCUAAAGAGCCAAAGUUGGAGGUUUCACAAGCAAUACCAGACAUGGUUUCAGCGACACGAGGAGCCCAAAGCCAUCACCGAGGACUACGAACAAGGAACAUAUCGAUUUUUCGAUUAUGAAAGCACGUGGAUGAACCGACGGAAACAAGACUUCCGCUUUGCGUACAAGUUCCUCGAAGAUGAGCUGUAAAGGAGGCGUAUCCGCCUCGACUGUUUUAGCGACCAAAGGGCGGGCUGCUAGAACGGAAGGAUGGAAUGGCCCAUCUGUCUGUACCGUCUGUACUGUCUGUCCGUCUGUCUUUGUAUUGGUUCUGUAGUCUACAUACCGAUGAUGAUAUCUAAGUAGCCAUCGAAUAGGUGGGGUCGCUCGCAGGGUGAUGGAGCAUCUUGGAUGGGACUGGCGUAUGACCUCAUCGUGGUGUAUAGGGCACGCCCACAUGCAGAAUCCCACUUUGUCCCCUCAUUGAAUGCCGUCGCGCUGCUCUGCGCUUUGCUUAAUGUGUAUAGCGCUCUGCCAUGUGUCAUGGAGGGUGGAUCGCGAUAUUGAUGUUAGUAGUGUGUGCGGUGAGGAACAGUAGUCACAUUGUCAUAAUGUAGGUCAGUCGUGAGU